AUGGUGUAUAACGUGGUUGCUAUGGUGUUUAUUGUGGUUGCUAUGGUGUAUUACGUGGUUGCUAUGGUGUAUUACGUGGUUGCUAUGGAGUAUAACGUGGUUGCUAUGGUGUAUAACAUGGUUGCUAUGGUAACAGUUAUGGAAUUCCUUAGGAAGAACAGUGUGUCUGAGUUUCAACCUCCGCCGUACGAUGCCUCUCUGCCCGAGCCCGCCACCAGAGACGACUUCAUCAAACACUGGCUGCCCGUGACGCUCGACGAUCGCACGGCGCAGAAGCUGCUCUGGAUCUCGGAGGGCGGGGCUAAAGUGGCGAGGACGUCAGAGGCCGUGUGCCCGUACCCGACCCGCCCGGAGCGCUACGACCACUCCCCCCAGGUGCUGUGUAAGGAGGCGGUGUGGGGGUUCCGCGGGUACUGGGAGGUGGACUUCGACGGCUGGGUGGUGCUGGGGGUGGUCGGGGAGCGAGCGCCACGAAAAGUCCAGGACGGACCCUGCGGACUCGGGGAGAACAGCAGCUCCUGGGGCGUGGGCUGGGCCGGGUCCAGCUACCAGGUUUGGCACAACGCCGAGAACACGGACGUGACUCUGCCGCUGUCCGGGACCAUGGGCGUGUACGUGGACCAGCCCGCCGGCGUCAUCAAGUUCCUGCUGGUGGAGGGUCCGGAGGGGGGCGCCAGAGAGGUCCGGCUCAUCAGCAAGUUCAAGGUGGAGGUCCAGGAGAAGCUGCUGCCGGGCUUUUGGGUGGGGACGAACUCCUGGUGUGUGCUGAGGAAGAAGGACGCGUGA